ACUUCCCUCCUUCUCUUUGGCCCCUGCUACCCCGCCUAGCAUCAUUUCCUGUGCGCUGGAUGCUGAUUGGUCCGACAGUCGGAAGUGAGGGCGGGCGGUCGGGGCCGUUGCCGCAGUGACAGUGCUAGGGGAGUCCGAAGAUGGCGGCGUCGCGUCGCUCUCAGCAUCAUCACCACCAUCAUCAACAACAGCUCCAGCCCGCCCCAGGGGCUUCAGGGCCGCCGCCGCCACCUCCUCCCCCACUCAGCCCUGGCCUGGCCCCGGGGACCACCCCAGCCUCUCCCACGGCCAGCGGCCUGGCCCCCUUCACCUCCCCGCGGCACGGCCUAGCGCUGCCGGAGGGGGAUGGCAGUCGGGAUCCGCCCGACAGGCCCCGAUCCCCCGACCCGGUUGACGGUACCAGCUGUUGCAGUACCACCAGCACAAUCUGUACCGUCGCCGCCGCUCCCGUGGUCCCAGCGGUUUCUACUUCAUCUGCCGUUGGGGUCGCUCCCAACCCAGCCGGCAGUGGCAGUAACAAUUCACCGUCGUCCUCUUCUUCCCCGACUUCUUCCUCAUCUUCCUCUCCAUCCUCCCCUGGAUCGAGCUUGGUGGAGAGCCCCGAGGCGGCCGGAGUUAGCAGCACAGCACCACUGGGGCCUGGGGCAGCAGGACCUGGGACAGGGGUCCCAGCAGUGAGCGGGGCCCUACGGGAACUGCUGGAGGCCUGUCGCAAUGGGGACGUGUCCCGGGUAAAGAGGCUGGUGGACGCGGCAAACGUAAAUGCAAAGGACAUGGCCGGCCGGAAGUCUUCUCCCCUGCACUUCGCUGCAGGUUUUGGAAGGAAGGAUGUUGUAGAACACUUACUACAGAUGGGUGCUAAUGUCCACGCUCGUGAUGAUGGAGGUCUCAUCCCGCUUCAUAAUGCCUGUUCUUUUGGCCAUGCUGAGGUUGUGAGUCUGUUAUUGUGCCAAGGAGCUGAUCCAAAUGCCAGGGAUAACUGGAACUAUACACCUCUGCAUGAAGCUGCUAUUAAAGGGAAAAUCGAUGUGUGCAUUGUGCUGCUGCAGCACGGAGCUGAUCCAAACAUUCGGAACACUGAUGGGAAAUCAGCCCUGGACCUGGCAGAUCCUUCAGCAAAAGCUGUCCUUACAGGUGAAUACAAGAAAGACGAACUCCUAGAAGCUGCUAGGAGUGGUAAUGAAGAAAAACUAAUGGCUUUACUGACUCCUCUAAAUGUGAAUUGCCAUGCAAGUGAUGGGCGAAAGUCGACUCCUUUACAUCUAGCAGCGGGCUACAACAGAGUUCGAAUAGUUCAGCUUCUUCUUCAGCAUGGUGCUGAUGUUCAUGCAAAAGACAAAGGUGGACUUGUGCCUCUUCAUAAUGCAUGUUCAUAUGGACAUUAUGAAGUCACAGAACUGCUACUAAAGCAUGGAGCUUGUGUUAAUGCCAUGGAUCUCUGGCAGUUUACUCCACUGCACGAGGCUGCUUCCAAGAACCGUGUAGAAGUCUGCUCUUUGUUACUUAGCCAUGGCGCUGAUCCUACAUUAGUCAACUGCCAUGGCAAAAGUGCUGUGGAUAUGGCUCCAACUCCGGAGCUUAGGGAGAGAUUGACUUAUGAAUUUAAAGGUCAUUCUUUACUACAAGCAGCCAGAGAAGCAGACUUAGCUAAAGUUAAAAAAACACUCGCUCUGGAAAUCAUUAAUUUCAAACAACCACAGUCUCAUGAAACAGCACUGCACUGUGCUGUGGCCUCUCUGCAUCCCAAACGUAAACAAGUGACAGAAUUGUUACUUAGAAAAGGAGCAAAUGUUAAUGAAAAAAAUAAAGAUUUCAUGACUCCCCUGCAUGUUGCAGCCGAAAGAGCCCAUAAUGAUGUCAUGGAAGUUCUGCAUAAGCAUGGCGCCAAGAUGAAUGCACUGGACACCCUUGGUCAGACUGCUUUGCAUAGAGCCGCCCUAGCAGGCCACCUGCAGACCUGCCGCCUCCUGCUGAGUUACGGCUCUGACCCCUCCAUCAUCUCCUUACAAGGCUUCACAGCAGCACAGAUGGGCAAUGAAGCAGUGCAGCAGAUUCUGAGUGAGAGUACACCUAUACGUACUUCUGAUGUUGAUUAUCGACUCUUAGAGGCAUCUAAAGCUGGAGACUUGGAAACUGUGAAGCAACUUUGCAGCCCUCAGAAUGUGAAUUGUAGAGACUUAGAGGGCCGGCAUUCCACGCCCUUACACUUCGCAGCAGGCUACAACCGCGUGUCUGUUGUAGAGUACCUGCUACAUCACGGUGCCGAUGUCCAUGCCAAAGACAAGGGUGGCUUGGUGCCCCUUCAUAAUGCCUGUUCAUAUGGACACUAUGAGGUGGCUGAGCUUUUAGUAAGGCAUGGGGCUUCUGUCAAUGUGGCGGACUUAUGGAAAUUUACCCCUCUCCAUGAAGCAGCAGCUAAAGGAAAGUAUGAAAUCUGCAAGCUCCUUUUAAAACAUGGAGCAGAUCCAACUAAAAAGAACAGAGAUGGAAAUACACCUUUGGAUUUGGUAAAGGAAGGAGACACAGAUAUUCAGGACUUACUGAGAGGGGAUGCUGCUUUGUUGGAUGCUGCCAAGAAGGGCUGCCUGGCAAGAGUGCAGAAGCUCUGUACCCCAGAGAAUAUCAACUGCAGAGACACCCAGGGCAGAAAUUCAACCCCUCUGCACCUGGCAGCAGGCUACAAUAACCUGGAAGUAGCUGAAUAUCUUCUAGAGCAUGGAGCUGAUGUUAAUGCCCAGGACAAGGGUGGUUUAAUUCCUCUUCAUAAUGCAGCAUCUUAUGGGCAUGUUGACAUAGCGGCUUUAUUGAUAAAAUACAACACGUGUGUAAAUGCAACAGAUAAGUGGGCGUUUACUCCUCUCCAUGAAGCAGCCCAGAAAGGAAGGACGCAGCUGUGCGCCCUCCUCCUAGCGCACGGUGCAGACCCCACCAUGAAGAACCAGGAAGGCCAGACGCCUCUGGAUCUGGCAACAGCUGACGAUAUUAGAGCUUUGCUGAUAGAUGCCAUGCCCCCAGAGGCCUUACCUACCUGUUUUAAACCUCAGGCUACUGUAGUGAGUGCCUCUCUGAUCUCACCAGCAUCCACCCCCUCCUGCCUCUCUGCUGCCAGCAGCAUAGACAACCUCACUGGCCCUUUAGCAGAGUUGGCCGUAGGAGGAGCCUCCAAUGCAGGGGAUGGCGCCGCGGGAACAGAAAGGAAGGAAGGAGAAGUUGCUGGUCUUGACAUGAAUAUCAGCCAAUUUCUAAAAAGCCUUGGCCUUGAACACCUUCGGGAUAUCUUUGAAACAGAACAGAUUACACUAGAUGUGUUGGCUGAUAUGGGUCAUGAAGAGUUGAAAGAAAUAGGCAUCAAUGCUUAUGGGCACCGCCACAAAUUAAUCAAAGGAGUAGAAAGACUUUUAGGUGGACAACAAGGCACCAAUCCUUAUUUGACUUUUCACUGUGUUAAUCAGGGAACGAUUUUGCUGGAUCUUGCUCCAGAAGAUAAAGAAUAUCAGUCAGUGGAAGAAGAGAUGCAAAGUACAAUUCGAGAACACAGAGAUGGUGGUAAUGCUGGCGGCAUCUUCAACAGAUACAACGUCAUUCGAAUUCAAAAAGUUGUCAACAAGAAGUUGAGGGAGCGGUUCUGCCACCGACAGAAGGAAGUGUCUGAGGAGAAUCACAACCAUCACAAUGAGCGCAUGUUGUUUCAUGGUUCUCCUUUCAUUAAUGCCAUUAUUCAUAAAGGGUUUGAUGAGCGACAUGCAUACAUAGGAGGAAUGUUUGGGGCCGGGAUUUAUUUUGCUGAAAACUCCUCAAAAAGCAACCAGUAUGUUUAUGGAAUUGGAGGAGGAACAGGCUGCCCUACACACAAGGACAGGUCAUGCUAUAUAUGUCACAGACAAAUGCUCUUCUGUAGAGUGACCCUUGGGAAAUCCUUUCUGCAGUUUAGCACCAUGAAAAUGGCCCAUGCGCCUCCAGGGCACCACUCAGUCAUUGGUAGACCCAGCGUCAAUGGGCUGGCAUAUGCUGAAUAUGUCAUCUACAGAGGAGAACAGGUGGAUACUCUAAAGGCACGACAUCUCUGCAGCAUUCCAGCCAAAAAUACAUGAUGCAUACCCAGAGUAUCUUAUCACUUACCAGAUCAUGAAGCCAGAAGCCCCUUCCCAGACGGCAACAGCCGCAGAGCAGAAGACCUAGUGAAUGCCUGCUGGUGAAGGCCAGAUCAGAUUUCAGCCUGGGACUGGACUACAGAGGAUUGUUUCUAACAACAACAUCAAUAUUCUAGAAGUCCCUGACAGCCUAGAAAUAAGCUGUUUGUCUUUUAUAAAGCAUUGCUAUAGUGAUGAAUAGUAUGAGUAACUGAUACAUACUCAACUGCUACUGUUCCCUUUGAGGAAAUGUUUACAGGGGCGGCCUUUUAACAUAUCUCAGGCUCAUUUUCAUUGCAAUUAUCCAUUUCUAAAACAAGAUUGCUUCGAUCUAGACUUGGAAAUGGAAAAUAAGAAAACCAGUGCUUUUUCAAAUGUUCACAAUUCACACACUACAUUUGUUUUGUUAUGCAUGGCGUGUAUAUAACAAAUAUACACAUACGACAGGCAACAAGCUUGUUUUUGAUUUGCCAGACAUGCAUCAUUGGCUAUUGUUUGUUUGUUUUUUGUUUUUUUGUGUUUUUUUUGGUUACUUUGAAAAUGAGCCAGAGCCUUCUUGAGGAUAUUUUGCACAAAGUCACGCUGACAAAAUCAUUAGCAGUGCAACCCAAGCUUCUGGCUGAGCAAGAUUCAGUUUCCACUUUUUAAAAUUUUUUUAUUUUGCUCUGUAGCUGCACUUCUCGUUAUCAUAAAUUGAGAUGAAAAGGAAAAAACAUCAAGUUUUGGUACCCUUUUAUGAAUUGGCCUAUCUUACAAGAGAAGGGCACAAACACCAACCUGACUUAGGAACGCCUAAAUUCAGAGAAGUCAAAGCCGGUGAAGGCCACUUGCUCUUUCCAACACAAGCCUGCCACAGAGGUCUUCCGGACAGUACUGGAGAUGCAGGUUGACACAGGCUUGAGUUCCAAGGUGAAAAAACUGGGGAGGCUGUGAAGGAAGAGCUGCAUUAAGGAGGGUGAGGAGCGUGUGGUUCUGUAUCAUUGCAGCCCCAGUGGAUCCAGGGGAUGCCUCCAAAAAAUAAAUGCUUCCCUUCCCUUAAUCUGUACUGUUGGGAUUGUUACCCCCCUCCAAAUUAGCUGCCUUAUUUCAAAAGUCAGUGAAAUUACUGUACUUGAUGAGGGUCACAAAAAUACCACUUGAUUGUUUGUUUCUUUAGUUGAGAAAGCUGGGAUUCAGACUCGAAUAGUGGAUAGAUACACACAAAUGCAAGGACUUUUUUGUUUACUCCAGAUUUGGGGUUUAUUUUGAGUGGCAUGCGUCAAAUAGUUCAUAAAGAUCCUUGCAUUAAAUUUUUGAACCAUUUCUUCAAACUUCUUAGUGUGUUUAGACAAGGAGAACAAAAAUUGAAACCAAAGCCCUUUCUGUUAUUUUUUCAAUGAAGGUGAGAAAGAAAUACCAUACAAUUUUCUUUGUGAAAUUACUGUUUAUUUUCAUCAACGUUUACCAAGUGCCAUUGACAUUUAUAAAAAAAAUUAUCCUUUAUAGUUCUUACACUUGCCCUUUUCACCUUAACUGAAUAUGAAUUGAGUGCACUAACUUACUUACUUGAUAUGCUGUGCAUCUACUCUGCUUUGAAGCGAAAGAAAUAUAAACACGAGGAGGAAUAGGAAAGACAGUGUGACACAAACUUGCCAUUGCAAUUCAAAGCCCUGAAAACGAUGGGUUUAAUGCAAGGUGAUUAAGCUGUGACCUCCUUUAAUCUCCUGAAGCAAAAUAAAAUGGUUACAUGCAAAACUUCUAGAAAUAGACUCUUAAAAUAUACACAUUUUGCUUUGAUUUUGGCUUCAACCCAGUGCUGGAACUAGGCAUCCAGACUAGUCUGAAUGUUUGUAGCUGAAUUUUGCAUGGGUCCUCAAAAUUAAAUCAAGAAUUAGCCUCAGUUGUUGCUUCUUUUGAAGUUUCAGUGACCCAAGCUGGGUGUUUGUGUCUUGGCUACUUGUUUAAUAGCACUAGAAUUCCAUGUGAAGCUUUGAGAGUUGAUAUUAAGAGGGCUUUUUUUCCCCUUCUUUCCUUCUCUUUUGCUGUAACAAAGGGUUGAAGAAAUUGCCAUCUGUGUAGUUUUCAGUAGCUGUCAAGUGUGUAUUACUUACCUUCCCCCAGACGUAGUUUAAAAUGGUAAACACAGCUGUGAUUUUUAGUUAAGUAAAAGAGUUAAUAUGAUAUAGAUAUGGAAAGCUUUAUAGCUUCAUUAAAAAGAUAAACCACUACCUAACUGUGGUUGUAUGUUGUUUCCAUCAUACUAACUAGAUUAAUGGAUGCGCCAGUUUUCAUCUUGGUCCUUACACUUGAGAAGUUAAACUGUGGUUCGGUAUUUAAACUGCCAGUGUUAUAUGUCUCAUGCUCUGUGUGCCAAGUGAAGGUACUGUGUAAGGAAGACAUUUGCGGUGCUUCUUGUCCUAUAAUGAUUCAAGUAUACAGUAGUCCUUGAAAGAGUGUGCAUAUAUUACUCAUCUGCUUAAGAGAGUGGGUUAAUGGAUAUACCACAGGAGCCAAAUACAUUUUUUUCAGAACUUGAAAACCAAAGGUCAUCAUGAGUGCACUCAAAAGUUAGCACAAGUUUAUUACAUUUGGGAUUUUCAUCUGUAGCCGUAUGAAGAACCCUUUCCAAUAUAAAAGCAUGGCAUUAAAUUAGGCUGAAGUCUUUUAUUUUUUGUAUAUGUACUAUAUAGAAAUACUAGCAAGUUAGGAUCAUCCAAUAUGGCCUACCCCAAAAUGGCCCCUCUGUUUCCCUAACCACAUGGAAGAAAGAAUCUGAACGUCUCCACCAGCUUUACCCGAGUUCCAAAACUAAAGGGCUUCUCCAGACCUGAUGGUUCCAGUUUACCUGCUGUUGGCCUACUGGAUACUUGACUCAGGCAUAAAUUAAGUGCCCUGGUCCCGAAACUUUCUCCUUGUAUUUGACCUCCUUCCCUGUAUUUGACCUCCUUCCCUCUUUCCUAAAUUACUAGUCUGGAAUUAAAAUUAGCUCCAACAAUGACCUUUGACUCCAUUCAUUUUCUCCUCAUCUUGGGUCUUAAAAAAGGAGACCAGAUACCUCUUAGCUUUUGUAUCACAACCAGGAAUGGGUAUUAGGCCUCAUGCGCUUUGCUCAGAACACUGCCGCUUUGUUAACAAAUGACAGCAUGGAACCCAGAGUUUUGAUUCUAUGCAAAAUAACAGCAGUGCAACCAGGAUUCUUGUUCUCCUUUUCCUUCUUGGAGUUUGGAAUUUCUAGCUUUUCAAGCAGCAUAAGUAGAAUCAACAUUAGGAUGUUUUCAUGAAAUAGCAUCCUUAUACUUCUUUGAGCUUGAUGUUAGUGGCUAGACUGAUUUCCCUUUGCUCUCAAAAUACAAAGUGCAUUGAAGUAUACAGAGAAAUGCCUGAAUACGGCAAGCAAAUAAUGUAGAUUAACAUUCUAUUAUUGUAUCAAUUUUACAAAAAAUAAAAUUUUGAUAUAUGCCGGAGAACGGCAUUAGAAUGCAAUAAGUUGUCUAGGUUUUUCUGUUUCAGUGUCUCUCCCAGUCGCACGAAGGGUUAUUGGGCAUCGCCCCCAACCCCGCCUUUUUAACAUGUGCACUAUCUGGAUUCCUGUAAAUGGCCUUGCAAACAGAAGUGGUGUGUAUUUUCAAGCACCUUUCCCCCAUUGUAUCCGAAUCCCACUUGUGUGAUAUCUGUGACAAAUAGCCUUCUUCUUGUGUUUUCUGUUGGACUAAUUGUCUCAUGUAAAGCUAUAGACCUUACUAAUUUGGCAGGUAUUCAAAACUGACAUUAAGAUAGGAUUUCAUGUCAGAUAUGUAUUUGAAGAGUAAAGUCAAAUUUGUUUAAUGUCAGAUCAGUGACAGAAGUGAAAAGAAAGUAACUGUGAAAGUGAUGUUUGAGCUAUUGUACACAUCUAGCAUAUGGAAAGGAAAUGCACUCGAAAACUACUACUCUAGAACAUGAGGCUUCUUCAGCAACUUGUGCACUCUGCCAUCAAUAAAUUAAAUUUCUCCCCUCUAGACAGCCUUAACUAUGGCAGAAACUUUUUAACCUUUUAUAUUUUAAUAAAUAAAACAUUGUAGUCCCAUUUCUUAGUGUUUGAAAGGUGUGUCAGUGAGUCGGCCAUGUCUCCAUGUGUUUCAGACCUGUUCAUCUUAUUUUAUGAUGGUAUAUUUCAUAAGUAAUAUUCCCUUACAUGCAAUGGAGCUGAUUAAAAUUAAUCCAUUUCAAUUUCUCCAUACUGGAACUUCCUCAGCUACCAGAUUUCUGGUUUGGAGAAGUGCUGGAAAGAUUUCAAAGCCUAUUCAAUUGUGUAUGUGGGGAUACGACAGCAACUGUGAUACCUUGUAGAAUAUGAGUGAUAUGCAAGCUGUGUUUUUUAAUUGUUGGAAAAUGUAAACUAUGGUUAUACUAAAGUGAAAACCUACAGGAAGCUAAAGAUUUUAUAUACUUUGCACGACCCAAUAUGGUCGUAGUAUGACCAGUUUUAGACAUUGCCAGAGAGUUCUGCCUCCUCUGAAAUAACAUUCGCACUGUAAGAUUGCAUUUCGGCUUUUCCUCCUUUCACAUUCUUUUUUGCUUUACACUUCACGUCUUCGCACCUGCCCUACCUCCCAUCCUUUCAAAGAGGUUUCUUUCACGUUCCAGAAUUCAGAUUGUUCUGUGAUUUCUUUUUCAUCAGUCUACCCAUUUCUGCAGGCAGCCCUGAAAGCCCUUGUGUUGAUUCAGAGUGUUUGCAGAGAAAUGCAGUUGAACCCUGGUAGUGGGGUGUCCCUCACACACCCAUGCACCCCUCCCAAAGUUCAGGAUGAAAGGCUAGAAAACCCAUUCAAAGUUAGGAAAGAACACAGAUCUUUGAGGCCGAUAGCCUAGACCUAGAAGAUGACCUUGAGUAUGUAAACAUUGUCUCCAUGACACAAAACAUUGAAACUCUUCAUGUGCAUAUAACACCUGCUUCUGCUCCCAUUGUUUCAAGCUCAUCUUAUCUUUGUAGUAGUAAUGUUUGUCUUUGAUACCUACAAACUAAAAAGGUACUUUUAUCAAGGUUUCUCAAACAUUUACAAAACCAGCUUUGAGAACAUGUUAUGUUGCCUGGCAACAGCACUCGGAGUAGUAAUUGUGUUUUCUCAUUGUGAUGUUAGUCUGUGUGAGUAACCAGUGUAGUGACUCUUUGGUUCAUUAUUGGUGUUGUUUUUAUUUUUAGUUUCUGUGUGACCCAACAGUGGCAGGGGUUACAACCCCUCUCCUUUCUUUUUUGUAUUUAUCUAUUUGUAGUAUUGUCAGAUCAAGUACAAGAUGCCCAGUUAAGUUUGAAUUUCAGAGAAACAAUUUCACAUUAAGAAUGUUUCAUGCAAUAUUUGGCAUAUAUUUACAGUAAAAGCAUUCAUUAUUUGUCUGAAAUUCAAAUUUAACUGAGCAUGCUGGUUUUUCUCAUUGUUUGAUUUUUCUAAAUCUGGCAUUCCUACAGAUUUGGUCAUGGGAAGUCACCUACAGCAUGUUAAAGUCCUCUAGUCAUCAUCUCGUCACCUGAAAUGGAAGUCCUUUUUCCCUCACCCUCCACUUCUUUCCAAAGGAGGGCAUCAAGGAACUUAACCUGCCUGCCUGGUGGGUUUCUAUUUAAGACAUCUUUGUGAUUAUAUUUAACCUGCAAUUGUGCUUUGGCUUAACGUCUAGCUCACUGUACUUGUAAUUGAUUAAUAUUCAAUAAAACCAUUUUUAAAGUA